AUGCACCUCGUGUCCUCCGCACUCCUCCUGGGCCUCGCCGACCUCGUGGCCGGCGCGCACGUGGAGGUCAAACGAUCCAGCUUCCUGAAGCCGGUGGAGUUCCAGCACCAGCUGCGCUUGUGCAACGCCUACCCCGGCACUGAGGUCUUUCGAGUGGAGCUAGCGGGGCAGAACUUGACGAAGAGCUCGUUGGCCUACAAGGAGUGCGAUGAGGCCAAGUUGGAAAAGCCACUGCAAGUGGGAGAUCGCUUGAACUUCAUCGCAGAUCACCUUCCGAUGGGAAGCUUUACCGUGGAUUCCUUGCCGGGGUACGAUGCCAUCCUUUACAUCGUGGUCCAGCGCCAGGAGCAUGAAGCGGUUGAAGCGGUUUCCGAGUCAUCUACUGGGCAGUCGACAACAGCGAGCGGCGCAGUCGACAACAGUACUGAUUCCGUGACCUUCCAAUCGCACCUCUUCGCCAUGGCCAGGAACGCGCAAGUGGCCGUGAUGGACACUUAUGUGGGGCAAGCCAAGGCAGCCUUGCUGAUGUCCAAUUCUACAGGAGCUGAAACCAAUUCCACCCCUGGCUACACCGUCAUGCCCUUUGGCACCGCCUUUGGCCUUGCGGAGGGCAAUUACCAGGUGAUCCUGAGCGAUGGCUCGGCGGAGUCGCGGCUGCAGCUACCCCUGCAGGCCAUGCCCGGAGAGAGCUACGUGGUCCUGCGCACGGGCGCUGGAUUGGCUGGCAAGGGUUCCGAGAUGAACCUCAUGGUUUACCCAAGCCCCUCGUGGUCCCUCAAGAGCGCCGCUGGUCCCAGCGCUGGUGUUGCUGCUUUCGUCGCGGUCCUUGCAAUGUACGUGCUGGGGCUCUGA